AGACAACGACAACAACGCAAAGAUCCCUCAACCUUUCGUCAGUUCAGUUAGCUGUCGCCGGACCUUCUAGACUUCCUUCAUCGCACAUACGCACAUCAGAACGACGCGCGAUGGCGACAACGGAACCGAUUUCAAGCUCCACCGAGCAGCUCGUACGCGCAUCGGGAAAACGCACAAGAGAGAUAUUCGCCGCAGACUUCGCAUCAUCAGCUGCUCUGAACCAUGCGUCAAACUCGGCAUUCUCGAUCACUGCUACAACCCCCGCGCCCUCAACGGCUGCCGACCAAGUCAAUGUCGCCGCGCGCAUUCGCAACGAAUACGAGCAUGUCCGCGAAUUACCACCAGCUCUUGCUGCCAAGAUGGCCGCAGCAGCCUCUACGGCAGCAGAGCGACGCAAGAAGAUCAAGAACCAGAAUGCAGAAGAGCAGGCUUCAGACCCCAAGAUGCGCAAGAUGAUUGCAGGCGCAUCAGAGAAGGCGGACAAGGCGAAGGACGCGCAGUCAAUGGCAUUGACGUUGAGAGCGGGAGGGAAGGGCGCAGCACCUAAUGCGAAUGGCCCUACACCGAGCAGAAAUGCGACGUCGAGCGCGCUGGUGCGCAAGGACACGGUCCGGCAGACGAAGCCAGAUUGGCACCAGCCCUGGAAGGUGUCGAGGGUCAUGGCAGGCCAUAUGGGAUGGGUGCGGUCGCUGGCUGUGGAUCCGGACAACAGAUUCUUUGCUAGUGGUGCAGCUGACCGGACAAUCAAGCUCUGGGAUCUCGCGAGCGGGCAGCUAAAGCUUACGCUCACUGGUCACAUCAGCGCCGUCCGUGGCCUCGAGAUAUCGCCACGCCAUCCAUACUUGUUCUCCUGUGGUGAGGACAAGAUGGUAAAGUGCUGGGAUCUGGAGACAAACAAAGUCAUCCGCCACUACCACGGCCAUCUUAGCGGUGUCUACACCCUCGCAUUACACCCCACGCUCGAUGUACUCAUUACGGGAGGUCGCGAUGGCGUUGCUCGAGUUUGGGACAUGCGGACAAGAACAAACGUACACGUUCUGAGUGGGCACAAGGGUACCAUCGCAAGCAUCAGGGCACAAGAAGCGGACCCACAGGUCAUCACAGGGUCCAUGGACUCUACCAUUCGCCUCUGGGAUCUGGCAGCCGGCAAGACACAAACGGUUCUGACACACCACAAGAAGUCAGUCCGCGCACUCGCAUUGCACCCGAAGGAAUUCACAUUCGCAUCCGGCUCCUCGCAGUCGAUCAAGCAAUGGAUGUGCCCACGCGGCGACUUCAUGCUUAACUUUCAGCCCGCCAACAGCAUUGUAAACACCCUCUCUGUGAACGAAGACAACGUCAUGUUCUCCGGUGGUGACGAUGGUUCAAUGUCCUUCUGGGACUGGAAGACUGGGCAUCGAUUCCAGCACACCGAGCAGAUCGCGCAGCCUGGUUCAUUGGAUGCGGAGGCUGGUGUCAUGUGCUCGACAUACGACAGGACUGGGUUGCGAUUGAUCGUUGGUGGUUCAGACAAGUCGAUACAGAUCUGGAAGCAGGACGACAACGCGACUGAAGAGUCGCAUCCGCUUGACUGGCAGCCCACGCUUGGCAGGCAGAAGUUCUAAGAACGGCAUUGAAGCACGUUGCAUUUGCAUUGGGAGGUGUUGAGGCGUUUGAAAGAGAUACCAUAGCUGUAAAGUAGAUGAGUCGCGAAGAUCUAGAAAUCACGUACCUACGUCGUAUGCAUUUCAGAGGUCACCUUUUGCUGAGGCCUUCGUCGCUGCC